AUGCCCAAGGACAAGAAAAAGCGCGCGCGCAACGUGGGCACCGCUUCGGCGUCACAGAAUGCGUUAGGUCGUACGCUGGCCACGCCCAACACGAACUUGGGCCAACAUUUCCUCAAGAACCCCAUGAUCGUGACUCAGAUCGUGGCCAAAGCGGCUAUUCGCGGCACGGACGUGUGUCUCGAGGUCGGUCCUGGUACCGGUAACUUGACAGUGAAGCUUCUGGAACAGGCCAAGCGCGUAGUUGCCGUCGAAUUCGACCCGCGAAUGGUAGCGGAGUUGCAGAAGCGCAUCCAGCACACGGAGCACAUUAACCAUUUGCAGAUCAUCCACGGUGACGUCAUGCGCGUGCAACUUCCGUUCUUUGACGUCUGCGUGGCCAAUCUGCCGUACCAGAUCUCGUCGCCUUUCGUGUUCAAGCUGCUGGCCCACCGUCCCAUGUUCCGCUGCGCCGUCGUCAUGUUCCAGGAGGAGUUUGCCAAGCGACUCAGCGCUAAACCCGGUGAUGAACUGUACUGCCGUUUGUCCGUGAACACGCAGUUGCUGGCCAAGGUUGACCAGCUGCUGAAGGUUGGACGCAAUAACUUCCGUCCGCCGCCCAAGGUUGAGUCGCGUGUGGUGCGCAUUGAGCCUCGCAACCCGCCGCCGCCUGUGAACUUUACGGAGUGGGAUGGUAUGAUCAAGAUCAUCUUCAACCGUAAGAACAAGACACUGCACUCUUGCUUCGUCACCAAAUCUGUUCUCAAGAUCUUGGAGGAGAAUUACAAGACGUACUGCUCGCUGAACAACGAGCUCCCGGAAAGCGACAUCGCCAUGAAGAAGAAGGUGGAAGAAGUGCUCUCGUUCGAGGACUUUGGAUCAAAGCGCGGAGCCAAGAUGGACCAGGACGACUUCCUGCUGCUUCUCGAGCGAUUCAACGCUAACAAAAUCCACUUUUCGUAG